UGUGUUUGUUUUUUACUGUAGUUUACUAUAGCAACCUUGAACACUGGCUGACCAGGCGAGAGAGUCGCUUGACCGUUUUCUGACCGCGAGCAUUUUUUCGUUCAUGGAUGAGAGAUCACGACGUGUGUUAUGUGGCUGCUGGCCAUGCAUCAAGUGCUGAACUCAUAACAGAUGAAAGAUGGAACAGUCUCAAAAUGACACGGACAAGUCACUGUUGUCGAACGCAGGUGGACACCACAAGAGAACGAGGCACCAGAAGCCUCCUAUCGAUCGCGGCUGGGCAUGGGUCGUCAUGUCAGUGUGCUUCUGUAACUAUUUCAUCCUGGUCGGCCUGCUCAUCUCAGGAGGAAUCUUCUUCGUCGAGUUCCUCCUCUUGUACCAGGGGUCCACCUCAAUGACUGCAGUCAUAUCAGGAGUGCUGUCAGUAUCCAUCAGCACUGCAGCCUUCGUCUCUCAGAAUAUUCUGCUGAGUUUCAUCCAGGUGCGGACCAUCGUCAUGUGUGGGGGGCUGGUGGCGUCCACAGGUAUCAUCCUGGCUUCCUUCGCCAACAGUAUAGCCACGACCAUCGUGUCCUACAGCAUGCUCACAGGGUUUGGUAUCGGGAUGGUCCUCAUACCGGAGCUGGUUCUUCUCGGUACAUACUUCCACAAGCGCAGAUCUCUCGCCAUGGCCAUCGCCAUGGUUGGCGUCAAUGCCGGCGGCAUGACGGUGCCGAUGUUCAUCACGUUUCUCAUAGACGAGUACUCGCUCAGGGGUGCGCUGCUCAUAUACGGAGGAAUUAUGCUCAACACGAUCGUGGCCGGGGCGCUGCUACGCCCUCUCAAACUCCAGUCGAAUGAUACGUCUGAUACUGAAGACACAGUUGAUGAUAAUCUGAUUACGGAAAAUGGUUCUAAUGUUUACAAAGAGACUGUAGACAAGAAAGAGAUUCCUGCGAAAGCACACGACAAGACGUACUCUUUGAAGGAUAUGGAUUCAGACAGGAUAGACAAGAACGAUAUUCCUGCGAAUUCCAACGGCAAGACGUACUCUUUGAAGGAUAUGGAUUCAGAGAGGAUAGACAAGAAAGAUAUUUCUGCGAAUGCCAAUGGCAAGACGUAUUCUUUGAAGGAUAUGGAUUCAGAGAGGACAGACAAGAAAGAUAUUUCUGCGAAUGCCAAUGGCAAGACGUACUCUUUGAAGGAUAUGGAUUCAGAGAGGAUAGACAAGAAAGAGAUGCCUGGGAAUGCCAACGGCAAGACGUACUCUUUGAAGGAUCUGGUUUCAGUAGAUUCAGUAUGGACUCGUGCAAAAGACGUUAAUGAGACUUCGAAUCGUGACAAAAGGUCUGGUGAUAUUUUUGACGCAUUGAUUCCACCGAUGAGACACAGGACGUUUUCAGAGUCUCACAAAACAGCCCCGAAGAGAGGUCUAAAUAACAGCAUCAUUAAUCUACAAUUCGCAAGUACCCCCAACAUUAUGUGUGCAUCGCUGCCAAGCCUGAAUCAGUUUGCUAUUGAAAACGAGGAAUGUAACCAUAAUAACUCCACUGACACAGAAUCCGCAGUCAAAUCUAAAUCUCCAUUUCAGAGGAUUUUCCACAUCCUGGAUUGUUCUUUGUUUUCUAAUCCUUUGUUCAUCCUGCUUGUCAUCAAUGCUCUGUUUGGAAUCCUCGUCGGCGCUUUACCCACAGUUUAUAUUCCUGCGUUGGCGGUGUCCAAAGGUUUGACGAAACAGAAGACGCCGAUUCUAUUAUCGGCGGUAAGCGCUUCUGGGAUCGUGAGUCGUCUGCUGAUAGGGGUUUUCGCAGACUGGGGAUGUAUACGGAAACACGUUCUUCUCAUCAUAUGUUUCGUUUUCUCCGGGAUUACCUUCUUCCUUGUCACGGUUGUCAGUGACCUGACGUCGCUGUUAGUGUUCUGUGUGUCUUACGGUUUUUUUGGAUCCAUUUAUUUUUCCUUGAUGCCUGUGAUUAUUGUGGAUUUUCUUGGAUUGGAAAAACUGGCAAAGUGUUACGGAUUUAUAGAAUUCUUCCAUGGAGCCUGCCUAGUGGCGUCUCACCCUUUCUUUGGCUUUCUCUGUGAUAUGACGGGCAACUACGACACGUCGUUUCACUUCCUGGGCGUGGCGUGUUUCGCGGGUGCCUUCUGUUUGUCUCUGGAACCAGUGGCGAGAAGACUACAAGAAAGGAGGCAGACAAAAUUAAAACAGUUCAGCAAAUAACUAGAGUCCACCAUAGCAAUGGGCCGGACAAUUAUUUCCGGGAUUCGUAAUCAUUCAAAAACGUUCGGAAGUGUUCGUGAGAUUCCGUCCAGUGCUACUUUAAUUAAAUGUAACACUAAUUUUGCACUGGCUUGCCAAAAGUGAACAUUUAUACAAAAGAAAUAAUAAGAAAGCAUCAGCAACAAUAACCAACUUUUCAUGGCAGUUGACAUGGAAUAUAUUAAACUUUGUAAAUUCAAUAUGGCUGCUAAGAACAAUCACAUAAUAAAAAAAAGUGUUUGUUUAACGACA